UCAUAAACUUCUUUACAGGUACGAGAGACUGUUUAUUUGGGUGAUGACGGGGAUUCGGCAGGCGCUUAUGGAGGCGUUCUGUCCUUGCUGUGUCUACGACAGAAACAGACACCUUCGGAAAAAGGAGGUUCCCAGUUCUGCUUGUAGACGGCUAUUCCAUCCGGGCACUCACGAACACGAGAUGUUCAAACACUUUCUGGGAUUCCUCUGUGGAGUUUUGCUUGGUAUAUUUCUGUACGUCGUCAUGGUGUUCCAGUCCGACAUUCCGUCAGGAGUAGCCAUGGUUAUUGGGAUCCUAUUAAGUCCCAUUAUCAGCCUCGGUUUGGCUUUCUCCCACCAGGUGCGCUGUGUUAUUCUACUGAUGGCACCACAGUUGUUUUCAAGUAAGGGCCGUUCUUUCCUUGUGAUAUAUGCCGUUGUCUUGGUGAUGAGUCAUCCCGUCACCAACUUCAACAAAAACGUCAUGAUUAUGUCAAAUAGCGCCACCUGCGGACAGGAAUUAUCGUAUAACCAGACAAAAGAGGCACUGGAUCAAAUAGCAAGUCCGCUUGCAGGGGUCAUUGGUGGUAUUAGGAAAACACUGGCGGCGCUAAAACAAUUUGCUGAACUCAUGAGACAGGCGUUCAACUCUCUCAAAGUAGCAAUACUGGAGAUAACCACGUUGUUUAAGAAGGUGUCCGAAUGGCUGAUGAGUAUAUCGGAAGUAUGUGACGAAAAAAUGAGUCAGCCAUAUAGGAAAUGUUUAAAGAUCUUUGAUGAUGCAGCAAAUAACUGCAGAAAUACUCUGGGUUGGUUCCUCAGCUGGCUGUGUGUGAUUGUGGAUGGUGUUCAGGUUGUUUGUCACGUGGCCAGAAUCACAGAAUUGAUGUGCAUAAUUGCUGGCGCAAUCAAAGACCUUGUAAAGGCGCAUCUGUUCACACCUAUUCGAGAUGCAGUCAUCGAUGUCAAGGCGAUGUUCUACUUUAACGUCACCAUCAAUUACACAUAUGAAUACAACUUGACCCAGUCAAAGUCCUACAGUGAGGUCAAGGCCGAUAUUCUCAGGGACAUUAACGAACGUUUGUCCGGGUUCACAAAUGUCAUCAGCAUUGUCAAGAACUUAAUGGUGGUGUCUCUGAUUUUUGUUGUCAUCAAGGCCCUGAUAUAUAAGAAGAAAUAUCAGUCAAACGACCGCUUUGACAACUUCUACCUCACGUUCAAAGUACGAGACGUUGAGGAGCGCAGAAUGGAGAUGGGCAAGGAGGGCAUAUUUCCGCUCAAUGCCAAAGAAUCCAGAAAGUACAUAAAAACAAUGUCAGCAGGUUUAGCUAAGAGGGAGAUUAAGGCGCUGGCUAAGGGCGUCUUCCUGCUUCUCAUCAGUGGCUCCCAUGCAGGUUUCUACAUCAUGUGUGACUACGGUCUUUUCUGGAUCCUGGACAUGUUGAAAAGAUUCUUCUCUAAGAAAAUAGCCGCUCCAGUUCCACCACAUUUGAAAAUGCAUGUCCAUGGAAAAGGUGCCAUCUCAGAUAUGUACAGGGCGCUGCUCUCCUCGUUUGAUCCCAUGGCGGAACAAGGCGGCGCCAAACUAGAUGCAACAAGGUGUAUUCCGAACCCGAGCGUUCCGAAUUUCGCUGUUUACGAAGAAAUAGGGGCCAUCUUCUUAAUAUGUCUGUUGAUGACGAUCUUCCAAGCUUAUGGACUGAGGAUCCGUCACGUGAUUACUGCGUGCUAUUACCCGAAACGAGAGCGAGAACGCGCAGUCUGGCUGUACAAUCAUAUACUGAAGAAUAGGGGCGGAUUUUUAAAGUUUGCGAGGCGGCAGAUGAAAAGACAGGCUGGAUCAUUGAAAGAGGAAGAAAAAAUAAGCAUUAGAAGCAGGAUGAUGAGUCAAUUUCCACUGUGUAGAAAGUUUUUCACUUUUCUCGGGUUCAAAAGGAAAUAUUGCCUAUAUUGUGGGAACGAGGGUCGUCUUGACGAUCACGUGAAUUUCUUUCAUUGUCAAAACAAAGACUGUACAGCUGUAUACUGCCUAGACUGCUUCACAGACAUAAAUAACAUGUGCACUGUGUGUAUGAAUCCUGUGGACUAUGGAGAUUUCUCGGACAUCAGUGAAGAAAGAGACUCCAGUGAGGAUGAGGACGAAAUACUGAAGCGUACGGAAGAAGCAGAGAGGCUCCGAAAGGAACGUGAAGAAGCGCAGCUGAAAAAGCGACCGAGUGAGCAAAUGCGGCAAAUGAGGAUGCAAUUUGGAAUUACUCCGUCUGCGAUAAAAGCAAAAGCGGAAAGAACGGAAUUCUUUUUUUCUGCGCCGGGUGAGAGUGGGGCUGCUAAUGAUGAUGGGUAUGAACAGGAUGAAGAAUUUUACGAGGAUGGCGGUCAAAACGAGGCUUGGGUAGAGAAUAAAGACUGGAGACCUAAAAAAGAGGAACGUACUGAUGUACAAACUACAAAGAAAAACGUUGAAUUUGAAAAUCAACUUGAAACUCGGGACAAGCAACGAUCAAAGGGAUUGUUUUCCACGAUAUGUCCGUGUGUGCAGGAAUCAGGUCCGAUAGAGAGUACUGCAGAAAGUGAAGCGGAAACGGAAAUGAGCUAUACGUAUCAAAAUGUGCAUUAUACGGACGAUGAAUAUGAUGACUGGGGCUAUGACGAAGAUGCCAAAUCACAAACAGAUUAUGUGACUAAUGAUAUAUUCAGUGACGGUGAGGAUGAUUUCAUUGGGGACUUUGACUAUCCAUAUAUCGAGCCGGAAGAAUUAGACAUUGAUCGAGAUAUUGUUUCUAAAACCAAAGUGUGAUAUGAACAAUGUUUGGGCUUUUGGGUUUUCUUUUUCAUACGCCCUUCGUCAGACAGGAAGUAUUACUAUGUUAUGGUGCUCUCCGUCCGUUCGUACGUUCGUUCGAUAUCAUGUUUUCCGGACUUUUUUCCGUAAUGGAUGCAUAUACAACGUUGAAAUCUGGUCACAAUUUCUGCGUAAUAGUGAGUUUGCGUUUCUGAUGUAUUGGUGCACCGUGACCUACUUUAGGGCCAAAAGUAGGUCUAAUAUCUUCCCGAAUUUUUUUCCGUUACGGAUACAGAUAUUGCCCUGAAAUUUAGUCACAGAUGUCAUCUUAGAGGAAUACAGUUUCAAUUUGCAUUUUAGCUGUAUUGGUGCACCGUGACCUACUUUAGACGUUAAAGUAGGUCAAACAGAUUUGCAGGUUUUUUCGUUAUGGAUACAGGUAUUUCCCAGAAAUAUAAUCACAGCCUAACUCUCAUAGAAAUAUAGAUUCAGUUUGCAUUUCAGCACAGUUAGUGUACUGUGACCUACUUUAGCUUUUUACCUAAAAUUAGGUCAAAUAGUUUCCUUGACUUUUCUCGUUAUGGAAACAUAUUUUUCACUGAAAUUUUGUCAUCACUGUCCGACGGGCGUUUGAUGUACCGGUUGCGGUACUCUUGGAUUUUUUUUUCUUUUUUGGCAACAAAAACUAGUUAAAAGGAGACUUAAACUGGAACUUCAUAUUACAGCAUGUAUAAGACUCCUGUGGACUAUCAGAAAUAUGUUAUCAAACGCGUGCUGCAGGUUUGAAUGGAUACAAUUUGGACAAUUACAUGGACUGAGUGUGAUUCUGCACUUGCAGAUUUUCAUCACUUUUAUUAAUGGAUUUGUAGAAAGCAUAUAUUUUAUAAAGCCUGCAUGAUUAUAUUUAUCUAAAUAUAUGCAAAUACAUUUUUGUUUUCGAAAAAAAAAGUUUUUGUAACUGGAGACGAAUCGAUUUUGUUGUGUUAAUUGCGGGUACCCUAGA